GGACAGCCAUCAAAUAAUGCAGAGGAUCCUGAAGGGGCAGGAAAUAAUAGCAUAACAGGAUCAGAACGCAGAGCUCAUGAUAAUACGAGUCAGUUAUAUCCAGAAAACUGCGAAGCCUGCUGUAAAUUUUUCAGAUUUCUAUAUCUGGCAGCGUCGGUAAUUCUUGGCCAAGGCUCGAGUGGAUUAAAAAGAAUACGUCGAAAGAAGCAGAAGCACGUUUGGUCUUUUCAAGUAAUGAAUAAACUUCUUUGUCGUGCUUCCUUGUACGAGUACGAAAACGAUGGGAGUGAACCCCAAGCCGUUGAUUUUGCCUCAGCCACCGAUCAUGCAAAGGAAACAGAAGCUCCCUAUUCUCUAGACCAAGAUAGCAAACCAAUCAGACCAGGAAAUGAUGAAGAACAGGACAAAGGGGGGAAAGAUUCUAAAAGGAAGAGAACUGAGACACCUAUACUAAUCGCUGCAAAGAAUGGAGUGAUAGAGAUGGUUGAGAAGAUUCUAGAAUUGUUUCCUGUGGCUAUUCACGACAUGAAUGAAGAGAAAAAGAAUGUAGUGUUGUUGGCAGUAGAGCACAGGCAACCCCACGUAUAUCAACUGUUGCUCCAAAGGAAUAUUCUUAAAGAGAGUGCAUUUCGGAAGGUGGAUCACAAGGGAAACAGUGCAUUACACUUGGCUGCCAAGUUUGGACAAUACAAACCCUGGCUUAUUCCCGGCGCUGCCCUCCAAAUGCAAUGGGAAAUCAAGUGGUUGGAGUUUGUGAAAGAGUCAAUGCCUUCUCAUUUAUUUGCUAAACGCAACAACCGUAAUAAAACCCCAAAAGACAUCUUCACGGAAACUCACGCUCAACUGGUGAAAAGCGGAGGAGAGUGGCUGAAUAAAACCUCAGAGUCGUGCUCUGUGGUGGCGGCGUUGAUUGCGACGGUGGCCUUUGCCACAUCGGCCACCUUGCCCGGUGGUGUUGACCAAGACACCGGCCACCCAACACUGGAAAGGGAGCCAGCAUUCAACGUGUUUGCCAUCUCAUCACUCAUUGCACUGUGCUGUUCCAUCACCGCCGUAGUGAUGUUCCUAGCCAUACUCACUUCUCGUUAUCAGGAGUAUGAUUUUCGGGUUGACCUGCCCAUGAGGCUCAUAGUGGGUUUGACGUCAUUGUUCAUGUCUAUUGCUUCCAUGUUGGUGUCAUUCUGUGCCGGCCAUUUCUUUGUGCUCAGAGAUCAACUCCAACACGCCGCGCUUCCCAUAUAUGCAGUGACUUGCUUGCCAGUGACCCUUUUUGCUUUGGCGCAGUUCCCACUUUACUUCGAUCUGGUGUGGGCCACCGUAAAAAGUGUGCCACAGCGUAGCUACAAGGCCAUCCCCGUCAAAUUCAGCGGAGAGGAUUCUACCCAGGACGACGAAAUGGGGAGAGAAAGAAAGAGAGUUCUGGCACGCCAGCUUCUUGAUCUCCUGCAGACUUGAUGUCGGCCCCAUCGCUCAGUAGCCUCGAAAUCUCAUACACUCCCACACGCACAAACUGUUUGUUUAUUUAGAAUUUAAAAACCGUCUAAUUUGUAAUUUUGUUCGAUGGUGUGAAGAACA